ACUUUUCUUUUUGCACAAGCCUCUCACCGAGUCAGGCUAGAUUGGGUCAUGUCCCCACAAUGAUCGACAUGCAGUUGCCGUGUGUACGUGCAGGCUGAGAGGGAAAAGGAAUUAUAAAUAUACAUGUUGUCUUGGAGACACCUGACGCUCUCUUCUGCCCAUCUCAGUCAACCUACAGUUUCCGGCAAUCUUCAAUGUCGCACUCGCAGAUGGAGACCACAGAAGGACUCUGGGGGGACGAAGGUAGGGCUCUGUCCCACAAAGCGGACGGUCGAGUCCGGCACAGCCAAGAAACGAGGAUCUCUGGUGGGGAAUUAAUGGCUGUGGGUAAAGAUCCUAGGAGCGCAACCAAAGAUGAGGUUGAAGAAACGGUGCCGUUCGAUACCAUUUUCCCUGGCCCUGCGACUUGCCUAGGCUACCAAUGCUUUCCUUCAGGUUAUUUAGCCACAGAUCCAAGUAUUAUCUUUCAGUACGUUACUUCAUUAUUACAAGUUCCUAGUUUUCCGAAAGACGCCGGCGCAGGCUUCUGGGCGUUUAGUGAUGCAUGGAGAGCCAUCCAGCUUUCCGCAACGACACGCCAUGCAGCCAAUCAGGUCGCCCUUCCUUGCGUAGCUUGGGAAGAGGAUAGAAGGAGAGAGGCCGCGUGGCGGAUUCUCGUCUUUUUGUUCUUUCACCCCUUCGCUUUCCUUGCUAGCCCGGCUUUUUUGGUUGUUCUUCUAUUAAAAAAUAGUUAAUAUAUAUAUAUAUAUAUAUAUAUAUAUA